AUGGACCGACUGCUUAGCUACGCCGAGCUGACUGUGAGCUUCUUGUGGACCUUUGUCUCCGGCUUCUGGACACUCUCGAAGGUUCCUCGUGAGAUCCACACCAGCGUCGACUCCUGCAACAUCGAAGUCCCAAGAGAUGUGCUGAAGGAGUACAGCGAGCAGCUCGAAGCUUUAGCAGAGCGCCUCCGGCGACAUCUCCGGGAGCACGGUCCAACUCCUUGGGGAGGCCGGUCAGCUUUCGAGCUCCUCGUGGGGCAUCGUGCGCUUUGGGUCUUCGUGGCCUGCGCCACCUCGGACGUGAGGAUCUUCUUUGCCUUCGGCCUGCUCCAAUUCGUCCUGGCGCCCUUCUCACUGGCUUGCUCCUUGAUGAUCUUCAGCAUGUACUUGGUGCAGCUGGACCUACCCCUCUUGAUCUCAGCCUUGGUCCUGAGCGGUAUCGACAGGCUUGUCCCGGUCUUUUCCCUGGGCCACCUCAGUUCUCUGCCAACCUUCAUCAUAGAGAUCAAUUACAUGUUCGUGCUCUGGCUCUUAUUGGUAGAUUUCCUUGUGACAGCCUGCUUCGCCUGCUGGCGAUGCCCAGAUGGCAAGCCCAAGCAGCUACCACUAGGAAAACAGCUGUACCACAUGGCUUGGGGCACCUUCCAGUCUAAGACAUACCUUGUGCUGGUGCUUCUCAUGUGCCGGGGCCAGCCUUUGAACUUGGCUUGGCUGGUUUACGAUUGGGCCUUCGGGGUAUCUCCUCUGCCGAACAAUUACCUUCAGCAAACUCUCUUGUCAUGGGAGUGUUUCUUCUACCAUACCCACAGAAUGGCACACCUACCUGGUGUCUACGAGCAGGCGCACCGUCUGCAUCACUUCCUUCCCGAUGGCACUGCCUGGGAUGCACACGUCUUUAGUGGCAAUGGGUUUCCGGAGGAGUGGUUUACUCUGAUGUUCGACAUCUUCCUUAUGGUAUCCCUCGGCUUGCCACCGUCGUUCAUGACCAUCAGGACGAUGAAGUAUCAGCUUCUGAACAAGAUCGGGCACCAGAGGCUGGAGGUUGCCCCGCAAGCGGACGAGUACCAUGCAGACCAUCACCUGCACCAUCGACGAAACUACGGCUUCAACAAGCCGAUGCUGGACAUCAUCUUUGACACCUACAAAACCAGCGGCAAGACGGAGCUGGAGGUAAAUGGUGUGCUUUACACAAAGGAGGUGAAGCAAGACCAUGUGGUGAUUCACAUGAAAGUCGUGAAACCCGAGAUGCCCCGGGCGUCUCGACAGAGUCUGGCAGGGUGGCAGCUUACGGCGGCUCAAUUCCUCCUCUGGUGUCGUGAUGCCACGACGGGCAGGUUUUGA